AUGGACAAGGAAUACAGUAUCGACAACAUGGACGAGCACUACCUCACCAUCAUUGACAACAUGAUGAACCUGGACAUGAUGUAUGAAGCUACAGACUUUACUGGGAACCCUCGCUAUGCUGCCAUCGCGAACAGUCAGGCUGAGAAGAGCUCCGACACCCACGUCAGGCCAGAUGGGACCACCUUCCACGUUGUGAACAUGGAUCAGAAGACCGGGAAGGCGCUGGAACUCAUGACUGCUCAAGGGUACGCAGACGAUUCUUGCUGGGCUCGAGGGCAAGCUUGGGCGAUAUAUGGCUAUGCACAGUGUGCUCUUCGGACUGGUCGUCAAGAUUUUACCGAUAUCUGCCGAAAGCUGUCGGACGUCUUCUUGUCUCUUCUCCCCGAGUCUGGUGUCCCGUGGUGGGACUUCUCCGCUCCUCGUCCCUGCCCAUACGAUGCCUCAGCAGCCACCAUCGCCGCCUGCGGCCUCCUCAAGCUCUCCCGCCUCCUCUCCAAGUCCGACCCCACCUCGGCCGAGAAGUACCUCGCGCGCGCCUUCAAGCUCAUAGAAGAUACCCUCCGCGAGUGCGCCGCGCCUGCUGCAAAGCUUGAGGGUGGCUCGGUGGACUUCGGUAAGGGCGGAUGGGAGACGAUCCUGAUGCACUCGACGAUCAAUGGGAAUCCGAAGGCGACGAGGCAGUUCAUGGACCAUGGGCUUAUCUAUGCGGACUACUAUCUCCUGGAGUUCGGGAACGAGGCGCUCAAGAUGCAGAAGGCGGCUCAGGCGAACGGACACGCUGAAUGA